UAAGUUUUUAAGCCAAAGAAAAUGAUUUUUGUUCAGUUUUAUAUUUUUUGUGUUUUUAUCUCUAUCGUCCAUGGUCAGUCAUGCAGACCAACCAACGAGGAUUUCACGAAUCUUGCUAUUAAGUCGCCAAUUACCGUCGUUGUUUCUAAAAUUAAACUUGUCGAUGGAAAAGGAAGGAAAUCUGAGAGGAUAUUUAACGCGACAGCAAAAGUUUCAACAAUUUUUAAAAUCAAGAACGACGGGAUAAAAAAGAAACAGAAGAUAAAGUUCGGGCCCGUUGGCAAAGCAGAAGGGUGCGUCGAUUUAAAGAAAGGAAAAUCUUCAUAUUUAGUUUUCCUCAAACCAACGAAUGAAUCCGGGUUUUACUGGAUUGAUAAAAAUCCCGUAAAAAUUAAAAAAAGAUCGGCAAGAAAAUUAAGCAAACUUUUAUGUAAAGGUUGUUUAAGCAAACCCUCAUUCAAGAAAAGCAAGAAAACCUAUCAAAAACAUGAAGGGGAUAAAUUGAAAAUAAAAUGUAAAGCGAGCGGGAAACCAAAGCCUAACAUGAGUUGGUUUAAAAGUGGAAUCUUGUUGAAUAAAUCAAAUCUUCCUAACGGGAUGAAAAUUAAAUCUAGCAAAAAAGGAGGUGCAUCGCAAAUAAUAGUGAAACAAUUAACGCAAGAAAUGAGCGGGGUGUAUGUUUGUAGCGCUAAGAACCCAGUGUCCGUGGAUGCUACUAACUAUACGGUUACGUUGAUCGUUACCAGUGUAACAACAACAACCGUUGCCACAACAGUGGAUGCAUGUGAACCAUGCCCAUCAACAGACGCUGGUUUUUGCUUUAAUGGUGGACAAUGUUGUGUUGAUAAUGGACAACCUUACUGUAGAUGUGAUAUUUAUUUCACCGGCAAAAGAUGCAAAGAAAGAAGUUUGCAUGCGGUUGGGAAAGGUUUGACAAACAAAGAUUAUUUAUACCAUAAACGACUUGUGGCUAUUCUUGGUAUGUGCGUUGCUGUCCUCCUCGCAGCUUUUAUUUGUUUCGCUGUGUAUUGUUUGUUCCGUAAGAAACGAACCGACUUGCUGGAUGAAAAGUUAAAAAGUUUUAUUACAAAGUCGGAACCUCAAAGCUUUGAAGAUCGCCGUUUGUUUGAAGCAGCGAUAAAUGUUAAAGCGCCGAUAAAUGAUGAUUUACGAUACGACGGUGCGGCUGAUGUGACCAAUGAAGCGCAUCUAACAAGUCGGCCAUCCGUGACAAGCAUAACCAGCAACAAACGACGAAGGUUAAACGGGUUGGCGAAAGGGGCGUCAAAUAUCGGGCAUGUGGCGAUAAAUAACGAGAGUGACGAUACUUCCACUUCAUCGACUUUACCCCGAACACCCAACCUUGCCGGGGUCGAACAAAUUAUUCAUCAACAAUUCACAACAAGCCCAUUAUUACAUCAUAGUGAGCAAGAAACAGAGAAAUCUGUAGAAAAUAUUCCGUUGGAGACAGAUGUUGGUCACAUUAGUAAUCCUGUUUACCAGACCAUCACCCCAUCUUCAUUGCUAGCGUACCAAAGUGAUGAUUAUGAUGUUCCACGGUCGCAUAACGAUGGUUUGUUCGAUAACAUAGAGAUCCCAGACACUUCGUUAUCCGAUGGAUUUUAUUUCCCCGAAAAAAAGGAGAAUUCAACGCACCCUUUCGUGUCGUCCGCUCAGCGACAAAAUCUUCCGUUAUUGAGUCGUCAACAGCGGUUAAGUUCGAGCUCAAGCGAUGUUUCUGAGAUUGGUUCUCACAGUAUUGCCGUGUAAUAACUUCAUGUAUUUUCUAUUAGAUGUAGUUGAUAGUGUAAAGUGCCUUUUUAUUUACUUUAUAUAUUUUUAGGUAGAUAAAUAACCUCAAAAUAAUCUUCAUUUUAAUAAUUCAUGCAAUUUUUGCUUCAAGUGCAAAUGAAGAACCAAUUAAUGUGACUUGCCACUAAACGUUGGUUUUACCUUUUAUUAAAGUAUUUUACACCAAA